CUCAGAGUCAGAUCUCAGACUCUGCAGACAAACGGUUGUAUCGACGUGCCGGCGCACCGAGUUCAAUGUAUGGCGUCCCCAUUCUUUGGUACACCUAUAACGGCAGUACUGCCUUGAACUUGCUCGCGCAGCUUUCCGUGACAUAUCCCGACGUUACUUAAAGCUUGGUUACUCACAUCGAGAAAUGUCCAGACUUACCCCACUGACUCUUUUCUCCAUAUUCUUCACCAACCACUUCUUUCUAGAGAUCAUCGAGGCAGCUUUAUAUAUUGAUAUUUGAUCCAGUCAUGUUCAACAUCAAUGGCAGACGUGUUUUAGCGCUGAAAGGUAUGAGUGCUGCACCUCACAUCAUCCCUCUUCCCAUUCUCACAUUCAGUCAUGCAGUGAUCGCUGGCAUGAACCUUCCUAUUCCAUCUGAUCCCAUGCCCAUCGGUUAUUAUGUCCGUGUCUCUACCUCCAAUGGUCGGUGGAACACCACCAUCAAGGCUGCAGAGGCGAACCACAAUGUUUCAUGGAAUGAAACUCUCAACAUCCACGGGCCCCCACUGACAUUUUUCCGGCGGCUCAUGUCCAUGUUCUCCCGUACAUCCGAAAAAAUGCGCCUCGAAAUUCAUGCCUUAUACGAGUUUGGGCCCCCUGAGCCUGCAUAUGCGUUUGAGCCCCCUGAGUCUGUAUGUGUGUUUGAGACAACUUUCGAACAACUGCUCGGACGUGGCGGACAAUCCACAACACUCCCGGCUAUCAAUAACCUGGGUAUAUCUCUUAUAUUGGAAGCGCAGCGUAGUAUUGAAAUAACUCCACACGCAUCAUCAGGCAGCCCCGAAACGCGCGAACGGGAAAGAAACAUUGUUAUCUUCGGCGAGACUGGCUCUGGGAAAAGUUCGUUCAUCAACACAAUCGCACAAAGGCAGCUUGCAAGGACAUUCAAUGAUGCACAUGGGUGCACUUCUACCCCUGAACGCUAUCCAGUAGAAAUUUCCGGCAGGAAAUACGUCCUGAUUGAUACCCCAGGUCUCAAUGAGCCGCCCGAAGGCACAGUACCAGACGUGAAGGCAAAAGAACUGUUGAAUAGCCUGUUGCGUGAGCUCAUGGGCUCUAGGUCGGAUGACAUCGGCCUUCUAGUGUACUGCGUGCGCAGCAGGACUCACCCUUACAACUUCGUUAAGGCCUAUAACAAGGUCUACUCUGAGAUCUGCCAUAAGAGAGUACCAAUCAUCCUCGUCGUCGAAGGAUGGAGGAAUGAGCGGGAAAUGGAGAGUUGGUGGAUUACCAACGCCGAGCAAUGCAAUAGAUAUGGUAUGCAUUUCGAAAACUAUCCAUACGACUCAGCUGCAGAGCAGAUUGGCUUUUGCCCAACCUCAUUGCAAAGCACUAUGCAGUCGACACCAGUCGGUCUAAGGGUGUUCCAGGAGCGUGAUGCGCAUCGUCUCAUGGUCAAAGUACUACCCGGUGAAUAACAGCAAAG